AUGCGCCGGCCUGUCCCCGCCAACAGCUGCUCCUUCCUCAUCUCCGCGAACGACCCUGCACGCAAUCCGCUGAGCCGCCCCGGAGGGACUCCGCCCAUCGCCAUCGUCGCCGUCCACCUCCUCUCCCGGCUUGGAGCGGAAGAGAACCCGUCCGCACUCAGAGACCGGUUUCGUUCGGUGUUACUUCAAGGGUAUCCAGUGCACCCUUGGGGCUUGUUUCUUCGUUGUGUUUCAACAGGGGAUGCAAGGAAAAGAACAAAAUCUUCAUCAAUGUGGAUAGCUAUCUUUCCCAGAAUCCAUGUAAAGGAUCCAUAUCAGCGUCUCGGAAUCAGCAGGGAAGCAUCGGAAGAAGAAAUUCGAGCUGCUAGGAACUAUCUGAUAAGCAAGUAUGCAGGCCACAAGCUAAGUGUUGAUGCAAUUGAGUCUGCCCAUGACAGGAUUAUCAUGCAGAAGGGUCAAAAGUGGAUGGCGAGCAUUCUUUUAUGGGUUUGGUUCUUUCUUUGCUUCCUGGUUCCUUGGCACCUUCUUGAUGGUAUCUGUAAUUCCUCCUAUACUCCCCGGUCCAAGAAACUUGGAAUGGAUUCUUCAGAGACUCCAACUUCGGUUGACACUUACAGUAACCGAAAUUCCACACCUACUCAAGAGGCAGCCGUAGAAGUAAAGACAAGAAAGAAAUAUGAUCCAGCAUGGGGAUAUUGUACACAGUUCACUGAAGGAGGAAAAAAGAAGAUCAAAUGCAUGUUCUGUAAUGAUGUAUUUGCAGGAGGAGGGAUCCAUCAUUUUAAGGAGCAUUUAGCCAAAUACCCAGGUAAUGUGGCAGCAUGUAAAAAGAUUGAUUCUGAGGUUGAACAUGCAAUGUUUCAAAGCAUUGAAGAUUGGAAUGAGAAGAAAAAGAAGGCACAACAGGACUAUGAGGAAGAGAAUGCAUAUGGGCCAGAACCCGGAGAACAAGAUGAUGUUGAAGUCUCUGAUGCUAAUGCACAUGUAGCCCCUUCCAACGUCUUUCUUCUUUGCACUCUGACAAACAAAGGAAAAAGACCCGCCACUUCCCUUCUCAAGCGUUGGCAAGUACUUCAAGCCUAG